AACAAUGCAUUUGCUUAAAACAAAAACUACUCCCGUUACGAAAAUGUCGAAAAUUAAAAGAAAUUAGCCAAAGUGCAUUGAUAAAGUCAAAAAGCAAAACGGAGAAAAAAAAUAAUAAUAAAAACAACUGAAACAACAGCGUUCAGAUAGCAAUAGUAAGCAACAAGCAACAACAGCUACAAGACGGCCACAAAAUGUUGGACACGCUAAGCAAAGCAACAACAAGAAUUCGACUCAAAAGGCAGCAGCAACAGAAACAGCCAAUUGGAACAACAACAAUUACGACAAGAUCAACAACAGCUCGGCAGCAUUGUUGGCUUUGGAGCUUCGCAUUUUUGGCAGCAUUUUGCGUGCAGCACGCUUAUGGCGCUGAUCUGGCCAUAAGCAUACCCAAUAAUCCCGGAUUGGAUGAUGGUGCUUCGUAUCGGCUGGAUUACAGUCCGCCCUUUGGCUAUCCGGAGCCAAAUACGACGAUCGCUUCGCGGGAUAUCGGCAACGAGAUUCAAUUCUCGCGCGCGCUGCCUGGCACCAAAUACAAUUUCUGGCUAUAUUACACUAACUUUACGCAUCACGAUUGGCUCACCUGGACGGUGACCAUUACAACAGCGCCCGAUCCACCUUCCAACCUAUCUGUACAGGUGCGCAGCGGCAAAAAUGCCAUUAUACUCUGGUCACCGCCCACACAGGGCAGCUAUACGGCAUUUAAGAUCAAGGUGCUAGGCCUAUCGGAGGCAUCCAAUAGCUACAAUCGCACCUUCCAGGUCAACGACAAUACAUUCCAGCACAGUGUCAAGGAGCUGACGCCAGGUGCUACCUACCAGGUACAGGCCUAUACCAUAUAUGAUGGCAAAGAAUCUGUGGCCUACACGAGUCGCAACUUUACAACAAAGCCAAAUACGCCGGGGAAAUUUAUUGUAUGGUUUCGUAAUGAGACAACGCUGCUGGUGCUCUGGCAGCCACCAUAUCCGGCUGGGAUUUAUACGCACUACAAGGUGUCCAUAGAGCCGCCCGAUGCCAAUGACAGUGUGCUCUAUGUGGAGAAGGAGGGCGAACCGCCGGGUCCGGCACAGGCGGCAUUCAAAGGACUCGUCCCUGGACGUGCCUACAAUAUUUCCGUGCAAACAAUGUCCGAGGAUGAGAUAUCAUUGCCAACAACAGCACAGUAUCGUACGGUGCCAUUGCGUCCACUUAAUGUCACCUUCGACAAGGACUUCAUCACAUCGAACUCGUUCCGGGUGCUGUGGGAGGCGCCCAAGGGCGUUUCCGAGUUCGACAAGUAUCAGGUGUCCGUUGCAACGACGCGUCGUCAAUCGACGGUUGCGCGCAGCAACGAGCCAAUUGCCUACUUCGAUUUCCGCGACAUCGCCGAGCCGGGCAAAACGUUCAAUGUGAUUGUGAAGACGGUGUCCGGCAAGGUCACCUCGUGGCCUGCCACUGGUGAUGUAACGCUGCGACCGCUACCCGUGCGCAAUUUGCGCAGCUUCAACGACGACAAGACCAAUACGAUGAUCAUAACCUGGGAGGCUGACGCGGCUAGCACGCAGGACGAGUAUCGCAUUGUCUACCAUGAGCUGGAGACAUUUAAUGGAGAUACGAGCACCCUGACCACAGAUCGCACACGCUUUACCCUCGAGAGUCUUUUGCCCGGACGCAACUAUUCGCUCUCCGUGCAGGCGGUGUCCAAGAAGAUGGAAUCGAAUGAGACGAGCAUCUUUGUGGUCACUCGUCCUUCGUCGCCCAUCAUCGAGGAUCUGAAGAGCAUACGCAUGGGGCUCAACAUCAGCUGGAAGAGCGAUGUCAACUCGAAGCAGGAGCAAUACGAGGUGCUGUACUCCCGCAACGGCACCAGCGAGGUGAGCACCCUCAUCACCAAGGAAUCCCGUUUGGUCAUCAAGAAUCUACAGCCCGGCGCUGGCUAUGAGCUCAAGGUCUUCGCUGUCAGUCACGAGCUACGCAGCGAGCCGCACGCCUACUUCCAGGCAGUCUUUCCCAAUCCGCCACGCAACAUGACCAUCGAAACGGUGCGCAGCAACUCGGUGCUCGUUCAUUGGUCGCCGCCAGAGAGCGGCGAAUUCACGGAGUAUUCCAUACGGUAUCGCACGGAUAGCGAGCAGCAGUGGGUGCGAUUGCCUAGCGUACGUUCCACUGAGGCCGACAUCACGGACAUGACCAAGGGCGAGAAGUACACCAUCCAGGUGAACACGGUUAGCUUCGGUGUCGAGAGUCCCAACCCGCAGGAGGUGAACACAACUGUGCCACCGAAUCCCGUCUCCAAUAUUAUACAGCUCGUUGAUUCGAGAAACAUUACGCUGGAGUGGCCCAAGCCGGAGGGUCGGGUGGAAUCGUACAUACUUAAAUGGUGGCCCAGCGAUAAUCCAACUCGUGUGCAGACCAAAAAUGUCUCCGAGAACAAAUCGGCUGAUGAUUUGUCGACAGUGCGAGUGCUGAUUGGCGAACUAAUGCCGGGUGUCCAAUACAAAUUCGAUAUACAGACCACCUCGUAUGGCAUACUGUCGGGUACAACGAGUCUGUAUCCACGCACCAUGCCUCUCAUACAAUCCGAUGUGGUAGUGGCCAAUGGGGAGAAGGAGGAUGAACGAGAUACGAUAACGUUGAGCUAUACACCGACGCCGCAAUCCUCAUCCAAGUUCGAUAUCUAUCGCUUCUCGCUGGGCGAUGCGGAGAUCAAGGAGAAGGAGAAGCUGGCCAACGAUACGGAUCGCAAGGUUACCUUUACGGGUCUCAUACCGGGUCGACUCUACAACAUUACCGUUUGGACGGUGAGCGGAGGCGUUGCCAGUUUGCCGAUACAGCGACAGGAUCGCCUCUAUCCGGAGCCCAUAACACAGCUGCAUGCCACAAAUAUUACGGAUACGGAAAUAUCGCUGCGCUGGGAUCUACCCAAGGGCGAGUACAACGACUUUGACAUCGCCUACCUCACAGCCGAUAAUUUGCUGGCGCAGAACAUGACCACGCGCAAUGAGAUCACAAUUAGCGAGCUGCGUCCGCAUCGCAAUUACACAUUCACCGUGGUCGUACGCUCCGGCACGGAGUCCUCAGUGCUGCGCAGCAGCGCGCCGCUCUCUGCCAGCUUUACGACCAACGAGGCUGUGCCAGGGCGCGUCGAGCGCUUCCAUCCGAUGGACGUGCAGCCGAGUGAGAUUAACUUCGAGUGGUCGCUGCCGUCGAGCGAGGCGAACGGCAUCAUCCGGCAAUUCUCGAUUGCGUACACGAACAUCAACAAUCUGACGGAUGCGGGCAUGCAGGACUUUGACUCGGAGGAAUCCUUUGGCAUUAUCCGUAACCUCAAGCCCGGCGAGACUUAUGUGUUCAAGAUUCAGGCAAAGACCGCCAUUGGCUACGGCCCGGAACGGGAGUAUAAGCAAACGAUGCCGAUUCUAGCGCCUCCCCGUCCCGCCACCCAGGUGGUGCCCACCGAGGUGUAUCGCAGCUCAUCGACCAUACAAAUACGAUUCCGAAAGAACUACUUCUCCGAUCAGAAUGGUCAGGUGCGCAUGUACACGAUCAUCGUGGCCGAGGAUGAUGCAAAGAAUGCGUCCGGCCUGGAGAUGCCCAGCUGGCUGGAUGUGCAGUCAUAUAACGUCUGGUUGCCCUACCAGGCCAUCGAUCCCUACUACCCGUUCGAGAAUCGCUCCGUCGAGGACUUCACCAUCGGCACCGAGAACUGUGACAAUCACAAAAUUGGCUAUUGCAACGGACCCCUCAAGUCGGGCACCACCUAUCGGGUGAAGGUGCGCGCCUUCACCGGCCCCGACAAAUUCACGGAUACCGCUUACAGUUUUCCCAUACAAACAGAUCAAGGCAACUCGACGGUGAUUGUGGCCAUCACCGUGCCGCUGACGAUAAUCGUGGUGCUGCUGUUUACGGUGUUGUUCUACAAGAGACGUCGCAACAAUUGCCGCAAGACCACGAAGGACUCGCGCGCCAAUGACAAUAUGUCCCUGCCGGACAGCGUCAUCGAACAGAAUCGGCCCAUACUGAUAAAGAACUUUGCGGAGCAUUAUCGCCUGAUGUCUGCCGAUUCGGACUUCCGUUUCAGCGAGGAGUUCGAGGAGCUGAAGCAUGUCGGCCGGGAUCAGCCCUGCACGUUUGCCGAUCUGCCCUGCAAUCGGCCAAAGAACCGCUUCACCAAUAUUCUACCCUACGAUCACUCGCGCUUCAAGCUGCAGCCCGUCGACGACGACGAGGGCUCCGACUACAUCAAUGCCAACUAUGUGCCCGGCCACAAUUCACCGCGUGAAUUCAUUGUCACCCAGGGCCCGUUGCACUCCACACGCGACGAUUUCUGGCGCAUGUGCUGGGAGAGCAACUCCCGGGCGAUUGUCAUGCUCACCCGCUGCUUCGAGAAGGGCCGCGAGAAGUGCGACCAGUACUGGCCCAACGACACGGUGCCCGUCUUCUAUGGCGACAUCAAGGUGCAAAUACUCAACGAUAGCCACUACGCCGACUGGGUGAUGACCGAGUUUAUGCUGUGUCGCGGCAGUGAACAGCGCAUCUUGCGGCACUUCCACUUCAUCACAUGGCCCGAUUUUGGUGUACCCAAUCCCCCCCAGACGCUCGUUCGUUUCGUCCGCGCGUUCCGAGAUCGCAUCGGCGCCGAGCAACGUCCCAUUUUGGUGCACUGCAGCGCUGGCGUUGGCAGAUCCGGCACCUUCAUCACAUUGGAUCGCAUAUUGCAGCAGAUCAAUACGUCCGACUAUGUGGACAUCUUUGGCAUAGUCUAUGCCAUGCGCAAGGAGCGCGUCUGGAUGGUGCAAACGGAGCAGCAGUACAUCUGCAUACAUCAGUGCCUGCUGGCGGUGCUCGAGGGCAAGGAGAAUAUUGUCGGACCGGCCCGUGUCAUGGACGACAACGAGGGCUUCGAAGAUAAUGCUUGCAGAUGACGAGGGCAUUGCGGAAUCGGGCAUGUAAGCCGCCAGCUGAACGAAUGAUUGACAAACGGCCACGCCCGCAGCUGCAAGAAGCCACCGCCCACCCCUUUGGCCCCACCUUCAACCGAGACGUAGAAGCAAUGCGCUGAAUCCACGUGGCAAACUAAAUAAUUAAAUUUUGACUUAAGAUCAACUCGAUAAGUAACGCUUGAUAUUAUGCUAUCGAUAUAGCCUAUAUACACACAUAUAUACAUAGAUAUAUGGAUCUGGGCAUGCACAUAUGUGUGUCUGUGUAUCGUAUAUAGUACAACCAGUCUGGAUUGGAACACUUUUUCCAUAUAAAUGAGAAAUAUGAAAAAAAUAUAUACAAAAUUACAAAGAAAAAUCUGUUUUGUAAGACGAUUUCGCACUCGCAGAUAUAUAUACAUAUAUAUACGUAUGAACAUGUCGUGAGGGCGUCGCAAGUCGUUUUACAAUACAGACUACUAUAUACCCUCUAUAUAGAUUUAUAUAUAUAUAUAUAUACACCAUAUAUAUAGAUAUCUAUCAAUCCAAUCCUGUCUCGUCUUGUACUCUGUAAACGCUGCUAAUGGAAACUACCGAGAUAUUAUUAUUAUUAUUAUUAUAAAACUAAUUGUCAAAGAAGCAAAGUAAAACGAAAACAAAACACAUAUUUUUAUCGCUAGCCACAAUUUUUUGUAUACCUAUACAUAUAUAUCAUCUAUAUAUAUAUAUAUGUAACUUCCAAUUUUUUGUACACUAAAUGUUAGUUGAGGAAGCAGAAGAACAGAUCGAGCGCUAAAUGGUUUUUUUUAUAUAUAUACAUAUACUAUACCAUAUAUAUAUACAUACAUAUAU